GAUGUCUAAUUUCUUUUUUUUUAAAAAAAUAUAAAUUUUAAUUUGAUUUGUUAUCGUAUAAUUUUACUUAAAUAACUAUACUAAAAAUACAGUUAUAAAUGAUUACAUUUAUUCAUCCUAAUUCCACUGUGAAGGGGCAGCAUGGGCAAUAAAAUUAUUUCUUUCGAGAAAAGUCCGAUAGUCGGCAAAAGAUUAUUUAAAUAUAAAAAGAAGAAGAAAAAUUUUCAGAUAGAUAUAACGACCCAUCAUCAAAAGUAUUUAAAUAAUAACGGUCACGUAAAAACCCAAGGUGAGGAAGGUUAUAACAAAUCUAAGAAUGUUUUGUCAUCUAUCAAUACUACUUGUUCAAUCAUCUCCUCUGGAAAUUUAGAUAUUCCUUUGCAUAAUUCCAUAAAUAAUGCAACCUACUGGUAUCCACCUGAGUCCUAUUGGUCAAGAUAUUCCAGUUUACCCUAUGGUUGGGAAACCGCAGUGGAUAAUUUUGGGAAAUGUUAUUAUAUAAAUCACAUCAAUCAUACGACAUCUUAUAAUGAUCCUAGAGAAGAUUUUGAACCGGGGGAAGAGACCAUUAAACCAAGGGAUAUUGAAUUAGUCAGGGAUUCAGACUUAGGUUUUGGGUUUAUAGCGGGUAGUGAAAAGCCUGUCAUUGUCAGAUUCGUCAUGGAAGAUGGUCCUAGUUAUAACAAAUUACAAGCUGGUGACCAGAUUAUCCGAGUAAAUGGAGAAUAUGUUGAACAAGCGCCUCGCGAACAUGUCAUUGAAUUGAUAAAAAAUUGCAAAGAUAAAGUAUUGUUGACUGUAUGCCAGCAGAAUCCUGAUAACUCUAACAGAAAAUCUGCCCUUUUAAGUGCGUCAAAAAAAGCUAAAUUAAAAAAUAAACCGUCCAGAGUCAGAUUUUCGGAGAGAAUAACAGUUAAUGGUCAUCCAAUGACUGGAGCUACGAAUCAACCUUACGAAAGUUGUGUACAUGCUAUGGCUAACAUAUUAAAGGUAUAUUUGGAGAACGGCCAAACCAAAUCGUUCAAAUAUGACAACAAAACAACAGUUAGAGAUGUGUUAGAUAUAUUGAAAGAAAAAUUGAAUUUACUUAGCAUGGAUUAUUUUUGUCUCGUUUUACAACACAUCGAUGAUGUCAAAUGCACACGUUUAACUUUGCUGUACGAAGAUGAUCUCCUUUCAAAAAUAGCGCUUCGACCGGGAUCUCAAUAUUAUAGAUGUCUGUUUAGAGUCAUAUAUGCUCCUAAAAAUCCAGAUGAUAUGUACGAAAAAGACAAAGCCGCUUUAAAUUAUUUUUAUCUACAGUGCUUCAAUGAUAUAUUGCAUCGAAGAUUUCGAAAUACGAUAAAAACUGACUUAAUAUUAAAACUAGCCUCUUUAAGCAUUUAUUUACGUUGUCAGCAAUCCGGAGUGACAAAACUUUUAUCCUCCAAACUAUCCGGCAAAAAAUUAGAACAGGAAUUACAACUGAAAAAAUUUGUCCCCGAAGCUGUUUUUAGUUCGAUGAGGUCCAAAGAUGUGCUUAAAAAAAUUACUAGCUUCCUUAAGAAAAAUAUAAAUUCUUUUAAGGCAUCAAGCGAGGACGAAAUUAAACUGCAAUAUCUAAAAAUGAUAUGUUCAGAUAUUCUACUUUAUGGUGCUCAGUGCUAUUCUGCAACACUCAUAGAAAAAAACCUUGACAUAGGUAUAAUAAUAUCGCCUAAGCUAGGUCUUAAAUACUACAAUGAUUUUAUCGAACCUGAUAGUCUAAUCCCAUUGGCAAAUUUUGAAGACAUCCAAAAUAUCCAUAUAAUCCGAGACAAUGAUGUUUUGCAAACCUUAGAAAUCAAAUGUUCCGAUAAAGUCAUAAAACUUAAAAUAAACGUAGACGAGGCUGAAGAUAUGAUAUUGUUAAUCCAAGGCUAUUACAAAUUGUUUCAAUACAAGUCUCUGCCGGUGGAAAUUACCUACAUAAAUGAAAAUGAUCACGAGGCCCCUCCAUAUUACGGUAAACACAUAGUCAAAACUUCUGGGUGGAAUUAUCCCAAUUUAUUAUUUGCUCAACAUCCCGAUAUGGAACAUAUCAUCGACUUGUCCUCUAGUCCGCCCUAUUUUGAUGGGGACACAUUUAAAACUUUCAAUAAUCGCUCAACCCAAACGAGUGGUCGAAGGAGUCAAUCCAAUGUAAUAAUCCAAUAUUCCGAAAUAUUCUCUGAUUUGACAGGGUCCCCGGAAAAUUUUAAUUACUUACCCAAAUCUAACGGCAUCCCAAACAAAUCUUCAUCCUUUAAACCCGACAUGAAAUCUCAAGAGAGCAUGACGGACAUAGCUGAGAAGAUGGAAAUAGAUGAUCGGUUGGGCUACGCGGAAAACGGAAUAUCGGAUAUCGACAAGCUUUCCUAUUACCCCUUGAUGAACAAAGAUUCCUCAAUGUUACUGAACAAUACUAUUGACAAAUUAGAAAAUAUUCCUGGUUCGCUAAUCUCGAAACCAUCAGGGAAAUCUGAUUCAUCUCGAGGCAACGAAACCGAUUCCGAGAGUAUUUUUACUAGCCCAGAGCCUAGCCCAAGACAUAGGUUGAACCUACCCAUUGUUCCUAUGAGUGAUUUUCACCCUACCAAUACGCGAAAUUUAUUGCAAAUUCCAGAAAACUUUAAGGAACCUAGUUUUGCUUUGCUUAGCCCAGAUAAAAUUACUCCUAUAAUGAAUUUUUAUGAAUCCCAAUCUUUGCUAGAGGAGCUUCAAAAGUGUUCCAUUGACAAUAAAUUAAACCAAUCAUUCAUCAAUAUAUCUAAUAAAAGGAAUAGUAACGGUGACAAUGUCAGUAACCUUAAACUUGAUUACAAAAAUUCCGUUGACGAUAUAUACGAUCUUAACCACCAUUACCAUAAUAAAACGGUAAAGCUAAAUCAUGAUAACGACAAUUAUUUCAAUGGUAACGGAUCUAUGAUUUUAGAAGAUGCAAAUAAUACCGAUAAUAACUUAUCAUUUAAUAAUCAUAAUGAAUCUCACACAAAGUCGGACUUCCUUCGGUUGAUGUUGCAAAAUAUAAAAACUCCUGAUAACACUAUUAAUUCAAAUAAAAAUUUUACGAAUACAGAAAAAUACGACGACAAUUAUAAUAAUUAUUACCAGAAUUAUUUUAGUCCCCAUCCAAACUCAGUCAUAUUCUCCAUGAUGAAUGAUAUAGACAUCAUUGAUUUAACGAUGAUACCUACGCCUAAAACGCCAGAUCAGGAAAAACUAUUGGAGUUUCCUAAUUUUGGGUACAUGCCUCCACCAGGUUACAUCUGUCAAGACAACCUUUUAGCAGCUUAUCAACAAAACAAUUAUAAAGUAGCUAAUGGUUUAAUACCUCAGCUUCAUCGCAGCUUUUCUGACAGUAUUAUAACGCUUUUUGAAUACAAGGAUGAAAUUGAAGACCCAUAUGGUGCGAAUAUCGGGGGCUUGGAUUCUAACUUAUCUCAGGGAAAUAAAAAAUCUUUUUCUUUAGACAAUGUUUAUUACAUUAAAUCUUUAGAUACUCCAUUGUAUAUAAAUCAAUAAAUUAUGUAUAUAAUUAUAACUUUAUAAUAAAUAAAG